UGAUCUGUUGCAUUGAUUUCUGAUCGAUAGAUUAGACGUGUUAAAGAUGAAGAUGAAGCUAAGACGCUCUAAUGAUGUCCAGAGUCUCCUCUCUGGUGCAGCAGUAUAGCUAUGGUUUAUGCCCAGUCAUCAAACACAGUCGGUGUCAAUCCCUCCCGUUACUCUCUAUCUUUCCCAUAUCAGAUGUCAUUUAACUACUCUAAGAGGGAAAACUCAACUGUCCUGGCCACCUUACCCACAACUCCCCUCUGCAGCAUUGAAGGCUUGUCCUCCAGCCAGCUGAAUAGGACCUCCACCUACUAUGAGCUGACUUCAGGCGAGGUUGCCAUCCUGAGCUUGGUCUUUGGAGUUCUCUGGCUGGUUUCCAUCCUGGGAAAUGCUCUCGUCUGCCUGGUCAUCCACCGGAGCCGUCGAACUCAGUCCACUACCAACUAUUUUGUGGUGUCUAUGGCCUGUGCAGACCUGCUUAUGAGCCUAGGCUGUGCCCCCUUCAUCCUGCUACAGGUCACCUUAGGACGAUGGCCAGUGAGUGCUGUUGCCUGCAAGGUUGUACGCUACCUGCAGCACCUGUGUCCCGGUGUGCAGGUCUACGUCCUACUUUCCAUUUCUGUAGACCGCUUCUACACGAUCGUCUACCCUCUCAGCUUCAAGGUUUCCCGGGAGAAAGCGAAGAAGAUGAUCCUGGCUUCAUGGCUGUUUGAUGCAGCCUUUGUCUCACCCUGCCUCUUUUUCUACAGAUCCACAUCUACAGACAAUAGUCAUUGUGACUUUUUCCUUCCAGACAGCUGGGGCAGUGUAGCCUACAGCACUGUCCAUCUCCUGUUUGGUUUUCUGGUUCCAGUGGUACUGAUUGUGUCAUUCUACCAGCGGGUGGUUCGAUACAUCUGGAGGAUCAGCACCGAUGGACACACGGUGCGUCGAACGAUGAACACUGUCCCACGGACUAAAGUCAAGACCAUCAAGAUGUUCCUCAUGCUCAAUUCAGUUUUCUUCAUCACCUGGAUACCCUUCUAUGUUGCCCAGCUGUGGCACCCUAAGGAGUCUGAUGGACCCAGCAGGCAGGGACUGCUCUUCUUCACAGUCAUUGCUUGGAUCUCCUUCAGCUCCACAGCAUCCAAACCGACUCUAUACUCCGUUUACAAUGCCAAUUUCAGAAGGGGCAUGAGGGAGACCUUCUGCAUGUCAUCCAUGAAAUGUUACCGCAGUAAUGCAUACACCAUCACAGCGAGCUCUCGAAUGGCCAAAAAGAACUACGUUGGGGCGGUGGACAUCCUGGUGCAAGCAAAGACAGUCACCAAAGACUUGGCUUAUGAUACAUUUGACCAAGAGGCGAAGGAGAAGAAGGUAGCCUGGCCCACUAAUGCCAACCCUCCGAACACUUUUGUGUAAAUGAAGCAGUGAACAUACAACAACUUUACACUUAAGAAACAACAUCAGUGUUGGCAGGAGAGCUAGCUGGGAGAUAACAUGCUAGUUCUGCUUUCAGUAGAACAGCUCACAGAAAUACAGUGUGUUCGGUUUGUAUCAAAGGGCUUUUUUCUGAUUUAACAAACUUCUAACCACUACAGUGGACGUUCACAACAGCUAGCAUUUUUAUACUUCAGAAUUUAUUUCUCUGCUGUGUUUUCAUGGAUAGUUUUGCCAUUAAUGCAUCAGAAUUUGUGUUUUGACGUCAGCUUGUUUGUUAGCUAACCAUAGUCCGUGGCCAUCUAUCAGUGUUGUAAUCGCCUCUAUUUGCUAAUGUAUGUGGUAAAAGCUAACGUGCGUAGCCAUGUGUUAACACUGACAUCGUCUGCUUUGCCUCAUUAACAGUGAUGGGUUGGCUAGCUAACAUAGCUCCAAAACAUAAGUGUGUUCAGGGUAACUGACAAAAGAAAAACUCAGUGCUGUAGAAGAAAGAGCCAGGUUUACAA